GCUUCCUGAGCAAGUCUUACUUUGUUUAUGUCGCGGUACCGACAACUGCGUGAACGUUUCAUUUACACUAAGCGGAUCAUUACACUGAUUGAUAGUUUUGUGAUUCAGAUAGUCAAUUCGGUCAUCCACGAGCUGAAGCGGUCUCGCGGAGGGAUGAAACAGUUCUGUUGAAUGAAGCGAGCGCCCAUAGUCCCGUUAGGAGGAUGAGCUCCGUCGCCGGUCGGGAUAUCGCUGUCUCCGCCACCUCUGUCAGCAACCCUGGAGCUGCAUCAUCGCGGGCCUUGCACGUAGAACUCACAUCCCAGCAGAGACGCCUGCGCCACCUCCGGAGCAUUGCGGCGCGCAACAUCGUCAACAAGAACGGAUCCCCGCUGCUCGACACCUACUUCACCCUGCACCUCUGCCAGGAGGACCGGAUAUCCAGAGGUUUUUACAAGAGUGAGGUCAUCAAGGACUCAUUGAAUCCCACAUGGAGGAGUCUUGAUUUCGGCAUGCUGCCUGACUUGCUGGACACGUCGGUGUCCUCCUUCGUGGUUCGGAUAUGGGGAGGGCGGGGUGAACAGUACCAGCUUCUCAUAGAGUGGAAAGUCAACCUGGACGGUCUCAGAUACACUGGGCAGCAGAUCCGCUCCAGGAAUCCAAAUGAGAUCAUAUUUGGAUUAAACGAUGGCUACUAUGCAGCUGACUUCGAUCAUAAGGAUCACUCCGAAAGGAAGAAGAACAGUUUGCUUCAGGUCGACCAGAGUUCAGUUCGAAACUCCUACAGUGUUUUCUCCCUAUUGAGGCUGCACACAGCCCAGAGGGCCAUCAAGCAGAACCAGGUCACGGUGCAGAAGAUCGGCAAGGAGAUCGAGGAGAAGCUGCGGACGACGGCGGCCUGUACGGAGAGGAAGAAGGAGCGGGAGUGCAUGCAGCUCCGGAUCAGCGUGCUGCGCAGUGAGCUGCAGAGGCAGAGGAAGGCCCUGGGCAGGGAGAUGGACACGCUGCAGAAGGAGAGGCUGCUGCUGCAGAAGAAAGAGGAGGCGUUCUCCACCAAGCACCAGAGUCUGGAGAUGGAGAAGGAGUCGUUAACGGAGCAGCAGAAGGAAUGCACAGCCAAAAGAGAGCUGUUCCUGAAGACCAACGCUCAGCUCACCUUUCGGUGUCGUCAGCUGCUGUCGGAGCUCUCCUACAUAUAUCCCAUCGAUGUGAACAAUCAGACUGAUUAUGUCAUUUGUGGGGUGAAGCUGCCAAACUCUGAGGAUUUCCAAGCAAAGGAUGAUGGGACUGUUGCAGUUGCCCUUGGUUACACAGCGCACCUGGUCCUGAUGAUCUCGUGCUUCCUGCAGAUCCCUCUCAGGUAUCCUGUGAUCCACAAGGGGUCCCGAUCCUCCAUCAAGGACACCAUCACUGACAAGCUGAAUGAGAAAGAGAGAGAGUUUCCCUUGUACCCAAGAGGAGAGCGCUUUCAGUUUGAAUAUGGUGUCUACCUUCUCAAUAAAAAUAUUGCCCAGCUGAGGUACCAGCACGGCCUCUCCACGCCAGACCUGCGGCAGACCUUGCCCAACCUGAAGAACUUCCUGGAGCAUGGGCUGCUGGUCCGCUGUGAUCGACGCCAGAUCUCCAGCUCCAUCCCGGUGCCGUCCAAGUCCCAGCUCACCGCUUCCAUGUCGUCGGAGGCGGGUUACGCGCCCAGGACCAGCUCCCCGGACCGGGGCCAGCGCAAGCGGGCCAGCUCGGAGGCCGACAAGCAGAAGUACAAAGCGCCCUCUCCCGGCGGCAACGCGGCGGCAACCCAGCCCGUCUCUUUGGCGCCGCCCGCGGACCCGCCCAAAAACAUGUCCUCCUCGCUGGACGCCGGCAUCGACCUGGCCAAGAGCAUGGAGGCGGAAGAGGAGUGCCCGUCGGGCGCGGACUCCAACUGCCUGGGCCCCGAGGACCGGGACGAGGCGGGGCCCUCCGAGCAGCACGCGGGCGCCAUGAACGGCUCGGCGGUGCCGGGCGAGGGGCUGGCGCUGCCCGCCGCUGCGGAGCUCUGCUGCUCGGUGGAGCAUGCGGAGGAGAUCAUGGGCACGGAGGCCACGGGCUUCAGCGGCGGGGGCCCCCUGGAGGACUACCCCUGCAUCCCGGUGGACCACGCCGUGGCCGUGGAGUGUGACGAACAGGUGCUGGGCGAGCUGGACGCCGCCGGCUUCGAGGAGUUCUCCCGACGCAUCUAUGCACUAAAUGAGAACAUGUCCAGCUUUCGCCGGCCGCGCAAGAAUUCAGACAAGUGAGG